CUUGUGUUGUCAAAUGUUGUAAGUCAGAUGGUGUUAGUUGUCAGUCUACGUCGGUCGUCGUCUACCAGUGUUUUCCUUAUGGCUCUUGAUUUUCUCCUUGUGGAUUUUUAGUUUAGUUUUUGAAGAAAGUAAGUUUUGUUUGCCAUUGGCCAUUUUGUUUAAAUAAAUCCUUUAAAUUUAAUCGUGCACUUGGGUCCAUCUCUUUUCCAACCAUUCCAAGGUCAUUGUUAAUCCUAACUAUAACGACACUUUAUUUAACAACGACAUCGCCCUCAUGAAGCUUACCAGCCCUGUCAAUUUCACCGACUACAUCAGACCUAUCUGCCUGGCAAGUAACUCCAGCCAAUUCCACAAUUCCACCCUCUGCUGGGCCACUGGCUGGGGCAGAACGGGAAAGGAUGAGCCCCUCCAAGCCUUUGAUAAACUACAGGAGGUCCAGAUUCCUGUCGUUGGAAAUAAGCAAUGCACCUGCAACUACAAGCCAGAACCACUCGUAAACAUCACUGACAAAAUGAUUUGUGCUGGGCAGGAGAACAAAGGAGCAUGUCAGGGAGACUCUGGUGGACCUUUGCAAUGCAAACAAGGUUCAGUGUGGAUCCAGGCGGGCAUAGCUAGUUUUGGAGUGCCUUGUGCUCUGGCUAAUUUCCCUGAAGUUUAUUCCCGAGUUUCUGAAUUCCAGACAUGGAUCAUGGAUCAAGUGGCUGGGGCAAAUGUUAGCUUUGUGACCUUCACCUCCAAUGGCACUGACCCAGACAGCAGCUUUGACUGUCGCAGUUCAGACUCUGUAAAUGCAACGACAGCACCAGCCAGGGCAACAACAAGUGAAAGUGAGAUUAUAUUGGUUCUCAUGGCAACAUUCUUCCAGCUUUACAUUUGAUCUCUAUAGCAUUGUGAUGGACGUCUUCAUGAAUUGAUAUUCUGUUGGGCAAUAUUUGAAUGAUUGUACAUGAUCUAGGUGUCAAUGCACUGUAUUGCAGGCAGAGAACUAUAAUUGCUCUUAAUUCAUGACUUGCAAUUAUUUCUUAUCCUAUUUGUUAAAUUGUAUUACUAACAAACUUGAUUUAAUACAGACAUCUUGUAUGACAUACCAAUCAAUUUUAUCAUUUGGACUACAAAGCACUAAACAAUGUAACCAAUAAUAAUAAACAGAUAUAUAAUACAA